AUGGCUCCACCAUCAGACUACCGCAUCCGUCCCGUCGCCAUCCUCGGAGGCGGCGUGUUGGGUCGUCGCAUAGCCUGCACAUGGGCCUCGGGCGGCUACAACGUCCAGGUCCGCGAGCCGGACGCCAAGCAGCACCAGCCCUGCCUAGACUACGUCGCGGAGAACGUCGACAGAUACCCGGCCUCGGGCAUACGGCAGCCCGGCACUGUCCGGGUCUUCCAAGACCUCGAGACGGCCGUGCGGGACGCCUGGCUUGUCAUCGAGGCCGUGCCGGAACGCAUCGAGAUCAAGACGGACACAUUCGCCGAGCUCGAGGCCAAGGCGCCCGCCGACGCCGUCUUGGCGAGCAACUCGUCGUCGUACCGCUCGUCCGAGAUGCUCGGCAAGAUCGCGCGCGAGGAGACCAAGGCCCGCAUCAUGAACACGCACUACUACAUGCCGCCCAACAACAUGGUCGUCGAGCUCAUGACGGACGGGCACACGGACCCGUCCUACUUCCCCUUCAUGACGGCGCGGCAGAGGGAGGUCGGCACGAGGCCGUUCACGGCGCGCAAGGAGUCGACGGGCUUCGUCUUCAACCGGCUCUGGGCCGCCAUCAAGCGGGAGACGGUGUCGAUCCUGGCCGAAGGGGUGUCGAGCCCCGAGGAGAUUGACGCGCUGUUCUGCGAGCUGAGCAAGCGCGGUCUGGGACCCUGCCGGAUGAUGGAUGAGGUCGGUCUCGACACCGUCGCCUUCAUCGAAGACCACUACGUCAAGGAGCGCGGCCUGUCGCCCGAGAACACGGUCGACUUCCUGCAGCGGGAGUACCUCGCCAAGGGCCGUCUGGGCCACAAGUCGGCCAAGGGCGGCUUUUACCCGCACCUCCCCAAGAUCGUCGCGCUCGACCUCGGCCUCGCGAACCCGGAGGACCAGACGACGUCCGGGCAGGUCCUGCAGCUCUCGGCGGAGGGCCACCUGGAGCGCGUCCUCGCCGAGGGCCAGCACGUGCCCGACGGCAUCGACAUCGACCACAAGACGGGCCGCAUGUUCUGGACGUGCAUGGGCACGCCGGGCGAGCGGGACGGCGCCGUGUUCUCGGCUAACGCGGACGGCAGCGACGUCAGGUCGCUCUUCGCGCCGGGCGCCGUCAACACGCCGAAGCAGCUCGUCGUCGACUCGGCCUCGGGCAAGAUCUACUUCAGCGACCGCGAGGGCAUGCGGGUGUACCGCGCCGACCUGGACGGCGGCCGCCUCGAGACGCUCGUCGUGGGCGGCGACGACGCGUCGGACCUCCGGUCGUGGUGCGUCGGCGUCUCGGUGGCGCCGGGGCUGGGCAAGUUCUACUGGACGCAGAAGGGCGCGCCCAAGUCGGGCCAGGGACGCAUCUUCUGCGCGGGCAUCGAGAUGCCCGAGGGGAAGACGGCCGAGACGCGCGACGACGUCGUCUGCGUGCUGGGCGACCUGCCGGAGCCGAUCGACCUCGAGGUGGACGAGGCGGCGGGCGCCCUCUUCUGGACGGACCGCGGGGAGAUCCCCAAGGGCAACACGCUGAACAGGGCGGCCAUCGACGCGGAGACGGGGCUGUUGGCGGCGGCGGCGGCGGCCCCGGGCGGCGCAAAGUACGAGAUCCUGGUGAGGCACCUCAACGAGGCCAUCGGCGUCAAGCUGGACCGGGAGAACGGGCACGUGUAUUUCAGCGACCUCGGGGGCAGCAUCUACAGGUGCAACGCGGACGGGUCGGAGAAGAGGAAGAUCUUCGUGGACGAGAACCGGGCCAUCUCUGGCAUUGCCAUCUUGCGGGACUAG